AUGAGAAUCUACCAGUGCCAUUUCUGCUCGCUGCCGGUGUACCCGCUUCACGGGAUUACCUUCGUGCGUAACGACGCCAAGGAGUUCAGAUUCUGCCGCUCCAAGUGCCACAAGGCGUUCAAGCAGCGCCGGAACCCGAGAAAGCUCCGGUGGACGAAGGCGUUCAGAAAGGCCGCCGGCAAGGAACUUGUGGUCGACUCCACCCUCACGUUUGCCGCCCGCCGCAACGUCCCCGUCCGUUAUAACCGUGACCUCGUCGCCACCACGUUGAAGGCGAUGCUGAGAAUCGAAGAGAUCCGCCGCAAGAGAGAGAGAGCCUUCUACAAGAACCGCAUGAAGGGCAACAAGGAAAGACAGUUGGCGUUGGACCGCAAGCUCGUCGAGGACCACCCCGAGUUGUUGAGAAUGAGAGACGUCGAGUUGAGACGGGCGGCGGAGAAGCAAGCGGCCCGCGCCGAGGCCGAAGAAGAAGAAGAAGACGAAGAAGACGAGGAAAUGGAAGACGCCAUGAGCGUCGACGAAGAGGAAGAGGAGGAAGCGCAAAAGGUGGUGCUCAAAGCCAAGAAGCGCAAGCAGAGAGCCUAA